AUGCAUUGUUCAUUCUGUAGUGCGGUUGAACAUUUCAAGGAACAGUUUGCUUACCUUGAGGAACACUACAAGAAUGGUACUUCUCACAACCCUCCAGAGAGGCAGCAGCAGCACGCAUCGUUACCUAGGGCUUGCGUUUUGUAUUCUGAUAACAAUCAUGCAGCGGCACAACAGAGUUCAGUGGAAGUCACUGAUGGACUCUCCAAAUGUAGCAUCAGAGAUGCCGAGAGACCGCGCGGUUCAGACAGGAAUUGGCGAGUUUCUAUUAACGUCCCUCAAACAAUCCAAGGUGCCACAGUAGCUAGGCCUGGAAAAGUAGUUGGAUCAGUGUUACGGUAUAACAACUGUGGCGCAGCCACAGGAGUCGAAGCUCUUGAACAACAACAUCAUAGGAUGGUCAGGAAUCCAGCUAGUGCGGCUCAAUACCCAAAGAGAAACUCCUCAGACUUACAAAAGCAACAGAGGAGAUGA